AUGAACGCCGCUCGUAAGCGCCAAAAAGUAGCUUCGGCAUGUGAGCGCUGUCGAAAGCGCAAGUUGGGUUGUGACCGCGAGCGCCCAUGCCAGCUCUGCGUGCGCGCCGGUGCAGAGUGCGUUCCGCGGCACGGAGACGCUCACCACCCAGUCCCGUCCACAUCCGCUCAGCCCGCGCCGCAGAGUUCCAGAGCUAAUGCCGCGCCCCAAGGUGCUGAUUUGGUGCUUCCGGAAUCCAGCAUCGUUGAUUUGACUGCAUUGGUGCUGUCAAAAAUGAGUCUUGACUCUGCGUUCCAUCAGGACACUUCUGCUUUGCCGGGAGGAAACAAGAUUCUCAAUUGGGAGUCUCUAGGCCGUCGUCAUUGGCGUCAGAUUGUUGGCUUGCAGCUGCCUGACGACGCUGUCCUGGGACGGCUUGUUGACAAGUAUUUUGUCACGGUGGACUGGUUCUUGAUGAUGUUUGAGGAGUCUCUCUUUCGAGAAAGGUACUCGCGGCUCCUCCAAUCAAGCCACGUCGCCUACCACGAGGAAAACUUCCUCGGGCUCACCAUGCUUGUGAUUGCACUGGGUGCUCACUACAGCUCCCUCGCGGAGGGCUCCAGCCAGUCCGUAAAAGAGCUCAAGAAGCUAUCUACAGACAUCAUCGGUCAUUUAGAAGCCAAGUUCCUCCAGUUUAUGGGAUGCGCAACGCUGGAGGCGGUCCAAAUAUCCGUCCUCCUCGGAAGCUUUUUGCUUUUUAACGGCCGUCCCAACGUCGGUCUAGCGAUAUCCGCGGCUGGUGUCAAGAUUGCGCAAGUCAUCAACCUUCACCGCGAGAACCUCUGGAAAGACUGUUCAGCGGUCGAAAGCGAGGCAAGACGCCGAACAUGGUGGACGCUCGAAGUAUUUGACAAAUAUUUUGCCGUUGCGUUUGGUCGCCCCUGUAUAGUGGAUGAUUCGGACUGCAACGUGGGUAUGAUAUCUCAGGUCACGCCUGCGCAGAGCGAUGGCAACGUCGACACACCCUUGCAGUUUCACCAAUGGAAAUUCCGCUUAUAUCGAAUCGUGGGCCAGUUCUUAGGGCGCCGCAAACAACGGAACCCAACAGUCACAGUGCAGUCCAUUCACGAAGCGCUGACGGACUGGAGAAGCCAGCUCCCGCGCCAGCUGCGCAUUGAAUCCUACACAGACGCAUCGCCUGGCCAGGACCUCGCAAUACCGCAGAUGCAGGCAAUUGCGCUGCAGCUGACGUAUGACAACCUGCAAAUUGUCCUUCACCGCACCGUUGCCUUUGGGCAAGGGAGCAAGGUCGAAACCACGCCAGAGGGGCUGUUUUCGCUUGGCCAUCUUGUGGACGCGGCGCUGCGCACAGCAGAGCUACAUCGGUUCCCCAACGCACUGCACGCGAUGCGCCGGACACAUUCCAGUAUGCAUAUUGGCAUCACGCUCUUCACCGCAGGUAUAGUGCUCUGCAUCGUCUGCUUGUCGCAGCCGCUGUCCGAGACGAGCCAGAGAGCAAAGGGCGGCGUCAUGCACAUUAUUCGGGCUUGUAAAGAUUCGGCGGAUCCGCAGAAUGUCGGCUCCAGACAGAGCAUUGCUGUUCUGGAGCGUCUUGUUGCUGUCGUGCUACAGCAUGAGAACCAACUCAUUACUGGUAGCGGGGUAGCUACUUUCCCUGUUGAUAACAGCAGUUUGGGAGAUGUGGCCUUGCUGAGCAACACUACUGCUACAGUCAGUCGUGCGCCAACUGAAUUCACUCAGAUUAAUCAGCCAGAGGCUAACAUAUCUCAAAACGAAACUGCCCGAGACACUUCAACCUUCAUCCCCGAACAGGACACGAGUACAGCUGCUGCCACCAUGGACGGACUUGACUGGGACGGCAGUCUUUCAGUGUUGAUGGACUCUGGUCUGGCUGAUGCCGGCCAGAUGUGGCUCUGGGUGCAGGACGAAGACGAAUAUCUCUUUCCUCAAUAA